UGAAACUUCAAUAAAAGAUGUAUUGUUGAAUUUCUUCUGAGGAGAAUGAGAUCACCUGUCAUUCACCCUGCCCUUCCUCCAGUACACACUGGUACAGUUUUCUUCCUGGUGUAUGAAGCCCCGCCCACUAGCUCACUCCCCUGUCAGAAUCCAGGAAGUAGAGUUCAGUGUUUCUCUGUUCUCAGGUUCUGAGUCACCGUUCUGCUCUGAGAGAAAACUGGAGUAAAUUACAACUCACACUGAGAAGAAAGAGAUACUGUCUUUAACUCAACCACAAGAGGAGUACUGUCAUCAACAGAGACUUUAACUCACUGCUGACUGAACCAGAGGAAGUUUAGAAGAGUAAAACUCUGAGGUGAAAGUAAAAUACAGACAGAGGGUGUGACUGGGUGACAAAAUGGCAUCCAGCUUGUCUCUCCCAGAGGAAGAUCUCACCUGUCCUGUGUGUCAUGACAUCUUUUCAAACCCUGUCCUCCUGCAAUGUGGCCACAGCUUCUGUAAAGCCUGUAUGCAGGAAUACUGGACACACAGAGAAUCACGGGAAUGUCCGGUCUGUAAGAAAAGAUCUUCCAGACCAGAGCCACCAUGUAACUUGGCUCUGAAGAACCUGUGUGAGUCCUUCUUACAGGAGAGACUUCAGAGAGCUUCAGCAGGGUCUGAGGUGCUCUGCAGUCUGCACAGUGAGAAACUCAAGCUCUACUGUCUGAAGGACAAACAGCCAGUGUGUGUUGUGUGUCAGGACUCUAAACUACACUUCAAGCACAAAAUCAGACCCAUAGAUGAAGCUGCACAGGAUCACAAGGAGAAACUCCAGCCUGCUCUGAAGUCCUUACAGGAGAAGCUGAAGGUCUUUACUAAAGUUAAACAAACCUGUGAUAAAACAGCACAACACAUUAAGAUCCAGACCCAGCACACAGAGAGGCAGAUUAAGGAGGAGUUUAAGAAGCUUCACCAGUUUCUAUAUGAGGAAGAGGAGGCCAGGAUAGCUGCACUGAGGGAGGAGGAGAAGCAGAAGAGUCAGGUGAUGAAGGAGAAGAUUGAGGGGCUGGACAGAGAGAUAUCAACACUUUCACACACAAUCAGAGCGAUAGAGGAGGAGCUGAGAGCUGAAGACAUCUCAUUCCUGCAGAACUACAAGGACACAGUGAAAAGAGCCCAGUCCACUCUGCCGGAUCCACAGCUGGUCUCAGGAGCGCUGAUAGACGUGGCCAAACACCUGGGCAACCUGGCCUUCAGAGUCUGGGACAAGAUGCAGGACAUUGUCACAUACACUCCUGUGACUCUGGACCCCAACACUGCCCACCCAACCCUCAUCCUGUCUGAGGAUCUGACCAGUGUGACACUCAGUCAGACGAGCCAGCAGCUUCCUGACAACCCAGAGAGGUUUGAUAGUGUUGAAUUUGUCCUGGGUUCUGAGGGCUUUAACUCAGGAACACACAGCUGGGAUGUUGAGGUGGGCAACAGUACAUGCUGGCUCCUGGGUGUGGUAGAAGAGUCUGUACAGAGGAAGGGAAUACCGGGUGGAUACUGGAAAAUCGUUUUCAUCGAGGGUAAAUACAUAGCAUUAUCCUCAUCAGGGCCAGGCACUGUUUUCACAGUGGGACAGAACCCCCAGAGGAUCAGAGUGCAGCUGGACUGGGACGGAGGAAAGCUGUCAUUCUCUGACCCUGAUAGAAACACACUCCUACACACACUCACACACACCUUCACUGAGAAAGUCUUUCCAAUCAUUGGUCAUCGCAGCCUGCUCCACUCUCUGAGGAUCUUACCAGUGAAGGCCUCUGUAACAGUAGAACAGCACAGUCGUUAGAGAUUGUACCACCUCUAUCUGCCACAGUAGAACAGCACAUCGGGUGUGUUUUUACAAACUUCCUGUCAUGAAGGAAACCUCUAACAUGAGCAUCUAGGUACAAAGAACAAAGAUCCAUAUGAGAGUGAAUUAGACUGGCUAGCAUGGUGUUCUUAAUGUAUCACAGUAUCUGAAGUCAGAAGUCAUGUAGUUCUGUGGUAAAAAUGAAAUUCCUGUGUAUACUGUACAUUUACACUCACCCAAUAACAUUGUAUUUGUUUCUACUGGUAUUUUCAAAAUCAAAUGCUUUGGCAGCUUAUUCUAUUAUUGUACUUGUGAACAUUUGAAAAUAAAUCUUGACUUUAUUCAGCUCCACUUUCUUUGUGUUCUAAUAACAUAUGAUGAACUAGA